AUGACCUCUCCCUCACAGAAAUACCUCUCCACAAGAGGUGGUUCUUAUGGUCUUUCAUUCGAGGAGGUUGUCCUGAAAGGCCUUGCGCCCGACGGAGGGCUCUUCAUCCCAGAACAAAUACCAGAAUUACCCAAGCAUUGGGAAUCAAAAUGGCAAAACCUAUCUUUCGCGGAACUCGCAUUCGAAAUCCUCUCCCUCUACAUCUCGACCUCCGAAAUUCCUUCUUCAGACCUCAAAGAUAUCAUCGAUAGGAGUUAUGCGACAUUUCGUGCGCCAGAAACGACCCCUCUAGUCACUCUGGACGAAAAGAAUAACCUGUACCUGCUCGAACUUUUCCACGGCCCAACCUUUGCUUUUAAGGAUGUUGCGUUGCAGACACUGGGAAACCUAUUUGAAUAUUUCUUGGUACGACGAAACAAGGGCAAGACCGGCACAGACAGACAUCAUCUCUCUGUGGUGGGUGCCACAAGUGGUGACACCGGCUCUGCAGCCAUAUAUGGCCUGCGGGGCAAGAAAGAUGUCUCAGUCUUCAUUCUGUUCCCAAAGGGACGUGUUAGCCCAAUCCAGGAGGCUCAGAUGACAACUGUUCUCGACGCCAACGUUCAUUGUCUAGCUGUGGAAGGGUUCUUCGAUGACUGUCAGGAUACUGUAAAAGCUCUCUUUGCGGACCCGGAAAUCAACGAGAAGUUGAAUCUAGGCGCUGUGAACUCCAUCAAUUGGGCUCGCAUUCUCGCUCAAAUCACUUACUAUUUCCAUUCAUACUUUUCACUCAAGAAAUCAACAACAUACAAAGAAGGCCACAAGGUACGCUUCGUGGUGCCAACAGGAAAUUUCGGUGAUAUUCUUGCCGGGUAUUUCGCAAAGCGCAUGGGCUUGCCAGCUGAGAAACUUGUGAUUGCGACGAAUGAAAACGACAUCCUCGACAGGUUCUGGAAAACAGGGCACUAUGAGAAGAAAGCAGUCCAUGGAGUCGAAGCGCAAGGGGGAAUUGCAGCUGAUGGCGCGAAGGCGCAUGAAGACGGCGUUAAGGAGACAUUAUCUCCUGCCAUGGAUAUUCUCGUUUCCAGUAAUUUCGAACGAUUGCUCUGGUUCUUAGCGUACGAAUAUGCUGCUGACGCUGGAAUGGAUGACGAGUGGAACAAGAAGCAAGCCGGCCAAGAAGUCGAGUCGUGGUUAAAAGAAUUGAAGUCGAAGGGGGGCUUUGGCGUCAAUGAGGAUAUUUUGAAGUAUGCGAAAAGAGACUUUGAGAGUGAGCGAGUCAGCGACUCACAGACAGUUGAAACGAUCAAGGAGUUCUACACUGCCGGACCCAAAGGGAGCUAUAUCCUGGAUCCCCAUUCAGCUAUUGGAGUAGCAGCGUCCAAACGCUCGAUUAGCCGAAACUCUCCAGCAGACACACAUCAUAUCUCUCUUGCAACAGCACACCCAGCCAAAUUUGCGAAUGCUGUUGAUAUGUCGUUGAAAUCAGAGCAAGGUUAUAGUUUUGACUCUAUCUUACCUAAAGAGUUCGUUGGGCUAGAGUCAAAAGAAAGAAAGAUCAUCAAUGUAGCCAAAGAUGCUGGAUGGGAAGGUGUCAGAAAGAUCGUGCAAGAAGAGGUCGAAGCGGAACUUAAGGGUGCGAGAUAA